GAUUUGUACACACAUAUUCAGUCCCCACCAUCCCGCUCCCAACAAAUUUUUUCUCGGAGACGACUUUUCCCUGUGGGUAGCUGAUGCGAAAAUCUAUGUGGAUUUGUUUCUCCCCGCCGAAAGUCGGAAAGUUCUGUUAUCACUCCUGGAUACAGAUGCUCGUGCUAUUGUACUGCAGUAUGGCAUCCUGGAUGAGGAAAUCACAGACGAUACGUUCACCCAGAUCCGAUCCGCCCUCACUAUGCUCAAGAAUCUCAUGCUUCUACAGUUCCAGUUUCAAACUAGGGUCCAACAACCCGAUGAACCAUUCGACGUUUAUGUACCCGCCCUCCGCCGAUUGGUGAACGACGCGUUUCCUGAGUUGCCACGGGAGACCGGGGAGAAAGUUCUUCAUCAGAUACACGUGGGACACCUCGGAGUUACAGCCGCCCACCGCAGCCCAACUCCGGACCAGCAGGCGCCUAUCAGCGGGGUCGUGGCCGAGUUCCUCGGUGGUCAACAGAGCGCGGCAACUGUGAUUACUGCCGGCGAUUUGGUGCACAGGCCCGGUUUUGCGGACACAACGGCCCAAGUGAGUCCCAGAGUGUUGAACUCACCGUACCUAUUUGCCCCUUUCAUGAUAAUGCACUGUCCACACAGUCACUUUUAA